AGGGUUAGCUAACAUGCUAAGUAGUUGCAAAAUGGCUAAAAAGUAGCAAGUAGUUCAAAGUUGCUAAUUACAAUCAUGCUAAAGAUGAGAUUCAAACGUGCAACCUUAGGGUUACCAAACUUUACAUACCGUAUCAUACUAAUUGAAGUAUCCUUUACAUUUACUAUGUUACGUCUAUUGUAUGAGACCAGGCUGUGCCAACAGUAAAACAUGACCAUACCAACCGCCAUGCACAAAGCUCUCUGCAAAGCAAUAAUAUACAGCAUGUACCACAGGCAGGCUUUAGGACCAAGUUUCUAAGUAGGCAGUGGUAACCCAAAGAGAAGGAGAAGGCAUUCAUUCGGGAGUGAGUUUGAGUUGGUUCACCAAUUCAGACCGAAACGCUGCAGCAUCAGCAUCGCCACUAUUACAGCAAGGUGAAGUAAAAACUACGCUCGCAAAAAAGGCUGCACGUCCUUGGGACCUGAUGAUCUAAAACGUGUUUUUGGUUGUUUAUCAUUUGUUAACAUUAAUAAAUAAAAGUGGCAACUCUUUCCAGGAUCCUUCCAAAAGGAGCCAUGGAUUGUAUAAGAAGACACACUUUUAUUAAUAUCGCUGUCAGCGUUUUGAUAGUUACCUCCUGUGAUUUUGAAUCGCCUUGCUCCUGGAGCUUCUCCAAUCACAGCAGCAGAUAUGAUUGGAGGGUCACAUCACCACAGCAACACAGAUCCAGCACACAGGCCAUGAGACCGGUCAGCGACCAUUCGGAGGGGAGCUCUGAUGGUCACUUCCUGCUUUUGAGUGCAUCUGCGGCCUACAGGGAAUCUAGAAAGUGUGAAUACCACAUCACUAGUCCAGUGGUCUACAGUAGUGGUCCACUGUGCCGUCUGCAGCUGGCCCGCUUUGAGUCAGGGCCCACCGCUGGAAACCUCUCAGUCUUAGUGAAACCAGUCGACUCGGCAUCUGUCAUCAGCACAACAGCUCUCAGUGGCAGAGCCCAAGAUGGCACCAGGGCCCAGUGGGAGGUGCUGGAGACGGUGAUUGGAGAGGUGGAUGAGCCCUUCCAGGUGACCCUGCUCUACUCCACUUGCCUGGGGAAGGAUAGGGGGACUCUGGCUCUCGACUCCCUGGAGCUCAUAGACUGUGACAUGGGUCACCAUGAAUUACAGCUGGGCACAGACUGUGACGAGAUCACUUCUUUCCACUGUGAGCUAGGAGGCUGCAUUGACAAGACUAGAGUAUGUGACUUCCACAGUGACUGCCCCCUAGGGGAGGAUGAGGGAUUUAUCUGUGACACUCUGCCUUAUGGAGCCCACUGUUCCUUUGAGCCUGGGUCCUGUGGCUGGUCAACGUCCAGUGAGCUGUCCUCUUGGAGGAGGGUCAGUGGGGAGGAACUGGAACACAGUAAAGACAUGCUGGGGACAGCUCUGCAAAACACCCAAGGGCACUUCCUGUUCCUGGCGGUGAGAGGGAACAGUUCCAGUAUUAAAGCGUCUGUCCGAAGUUCCUCAUUCCCCCGACCGGUCUCUACCAUAGCCUGUCAGUUGCAUUUCUCCCUGUAUCUCUAUGGGGAGUUUAAUGGCACCGUGCUGCUGUCGCUAGAGGAUAACAGUACUGUUGCAUCCCCGUUGGUGUGGGAGAGGUCUGGACAGUGGAAAGACAACUGGCAGGACAUCACUCUGCAGCUACCUGCCCUCCUUAAUGGGUUCCACCUCAAGGUGAAGGCUCUGUGGGGACCAGGCUCCAAUGCUGACAUCGCCCUAGAUGACAUCGCCCUGGGGGCAGCAUGCUUUGACACAGAUCUCAACUCCCUGCUGCUCGGACACAGAUUCCUCCAUGAAAUGGACUCCAUCAGUGAACUGGAUUUCUUCAGCCCCCUCCCAGAGCCCUCUGCCUCAGAGGUGUCCCUGAUGACCUGGUGGUUCACAUCCUGUGGGGCCAGUGGCCCCCGAGGUCCCACCCAGGCCCAGUGUGACAGUGCAUACCGCAACACCAAUGUCAGUGUCACAGUGGGCAAGGAGGGUCCGUUCAAAGGAGUGCAGACCUGGAGGGUACCGGCCACCAACAGAUACAUGAUCUCAGCCUAUGGAGCUGCAGGUGGCAAAGGAGCAAAGAACCACAACAAGCGUUCCCACGGGGUCUUCAUCUCAGCCAUCUUCCCUCUGGAGAAGGGAGACAUCGUCUAUAUACUGGUGGGACAUCAAGGGGAGGAUGCCUGUCCAGGGAGAAAUCCUCUGACACAGAAGAUCUGCCUGGGGGAAUCCUCAGUGAUAGAAGAUGAGUUCACUGGUGAUGAUUGGGCAGGUGGUGGAGGAGGCGGCGGAGGAGCCACCUAUAUUUACAACAUGGAGGGUGGAGUACUGGUGCCUCUACUCAUAGCAGCUGGUGGUGGAGGUAAAGCCUACCUGGAGGACCCAGAGAGCAGCUUGGACCAGAUUCCUCUGGAGCAGUAUGAGAAUGACACGGUGGCCGCCAGCUCCAAUGGCAAGACUGGGGCAGCAGGGGGAGGUGGAGGUUGGAAGGACUCCUCCAGCCACUUGUGGGCAGGGAAGUCUCUCCUGGAGGGGGCCGAGGGGGGUUCCUCCUGUCCCCAAGCCUUAUCCAAACUGUCCUGGGCCACCUUCGGGGGGUUUGGAGGGGGAGGGGGAGCCUGCACAGCUGGAGGAGGAGGCGGUGGAUACAGAGGAGGCGAUGCCGCGCUGACUGAUGACAUCACAGCGGGCGGUCAGGAUGGCAUCUCCUUUGUUCAUCCCAUGGGGGAGAUAUUUCUCCAGCCGCUGGCAGCCAUGGAGAGCCAUGGAGAAUGUGAGAUCAAGGUGCAGCUCAAUUGUAGUCACUGCCAGACCCAGAGCUGCAAACGAGACGAGGACACUCGGCUCAUCCUCUGCCUCUGUCACAACGAGGAGGUGCUGGCCAGUGACAAUGUCACCUGCACAGCAGCCCCUCAGGGCCUCACCCCAAAAGGCCAGCUGUCCCUGUCCCUCAUCCUGGCCGUGGUGGCAUCUAUCGUGGUGACGGGCAUCGUUCUGACCUGCGCCAGCCUCACCAUCAUAUACUACCGUAAGAAGAACCAGCUGCAUGCUGUCAGGCUGCGUCUCCAGAGUCCAGAGUACAAGCUGAGUAAAAUCCGGUCAUCCACCAUCAUGACAGAUUACAACCCAAACUACUGCUUUGCUGGCAAGGCUGCUUCACUGAGCGAGCUGAAAGAAGUACCACGCAAGAACAUCACCCUCCUCAGGGCGUUGGGCCAUGGAGCAUUUGGGGAGGUGUAUGAGGGCCAGGUUCUAGGGAUGAAUGGCGAGAACACAGCCAUGCAAGUGGCCAUAAAGACUCUUCCGGAGAUCUGCUCCGAACAGGACGAGAUGGAUUUCCUGAUGGAGGCCCUGAUUAUGAGUAAGUUCAGCCACCAGAACAUAGUGCGCUGCAUUGGGGUGAGUCUGCAGAUCCUGCCCCGCUUCAUCCUCCUUGAGCUGAUGACUGGAGGAGAUAUGAAGAGCUUCCUGAGACAGAACAGACCCAAAACGAGUCAGAGCUCCUCCCUCACCAUGCUGGAGCUGUUACAUGUGGCCAGAGACAUCGCCUUCGGCUGCCGUUACUUGGAGGAGAACCACUUCAUCCACAGAGACAUAGCUGCCAGGAAUUGUUUGCUGACCUGCCCUGGGCCAGACAGAGUGGCUAAGAUAGGGGACUUUGGAAUGGCACGUGAUAUAUACAGGGCCAGCUACUACAGAAAGGGCGGCCGUGCCAUGCUGCCCGUCAAGUGGAUGCCGCCAGAGGCCUUCAUGGAGGGCAUCUUCACCUGCAAAACUGACACCUGGUCGUUUGGAGUACUGCUCUGGGAGAUUUUCUCUCUUGGCUACAUGCCUUACCCCUGCAAGACCAACCAAGAGGUUCUGGAGUUUGUGACGAGUGGGGGGAGGAUGGACCCCCCGAAGAGCUGUCCCGGGCCUGUUUACCGGAUCAUGACUCAGUGCUGGCAGCACUGCCCUGAACACAGACCCAAUUUCUCCACCAUUCUGGAGAGGAUCAACUACUGCACUCAGGACCCUGAUGUGAUCAACACACCCCUGCCUGUGGAGUAUGGCCCCACAAUAGAGGAGGACUUGAGCACUGUGAUCUGCCCUGACACCUCAGGCAGUCUGACCCCUCUGCUGGUGGCCCCCUCCCAGGAGGUCUCUCCCCAGCUCAGCAGCCUGGGUCUGGGCAUUGGUCCCACCCCGCUGCCCCAACCACACAAGCCCCGUCUGCUGCUACAUAGGCCCCAGCAGCUGCCUCAGGAGGUGGCCUCAUACCGUGAGGCCCUGGAGCCCUGCUGGGCUGAGCCUGUCCCUGCUCCAGGGGUCUGCCCUGGGGCCUGGCUCCAACCUGAGCCCCUCCUCCAGCCUUGCUCCAGGAACAGCUCCUUCUCAGGCAGCCAGAAGCUCAAAAACAAGACCAAGAACCUGUGGAACCCAACCUAUGGCUCUUGGGUGCUGGAGAGCUUUGGUCAGGGGAAGACAGCACUGUCUCAUACCCAGUCCAUGCCCCUGUCCAGCAGCUGCUCUGCCCUCCAGGCAGCACCCCCUACCUCCGAGUGCACCGACUCUGGGUGCGAUGGCAGCCUCGGCCUCCCUGCCCCCAGCAGCCUGUGCUCCUCAUCCCCCUCCUCGUCCUGCCAGACCCUUUCUGCGCCCCAGGGUGCACCCAGCCUCAGCCUGGUGUCCUCCCGGAAGGGCCCAGCAGGAGGCGCCAGUGGGGGCCAGGCAGUGGACCUGGCUAAGCUGCAGAGCUUCCCCUGUGGCAACGUCAACUAUGCCUACGACGAGCAGAGCUACGAGGUGGAGAGACUGCCCCUGGUGGUGCCCAAAAGCCCAGAGCCGUGCCCCAGCACCAGCUGUGCCCCCAGCGGCUCUUUCUCCUCCUGCUCAGGGCCAGGCCUGGGUGCAGUCUCCUCUUGUAUGCCCAAACUGCUACUGAAGCGCCACGCCAGCUAUGGACACGAGGAUGUGAGGAAGCACACCAAACCUGAGAAACCCACCCGGGACAGAGACUCAGGCUUCUCCCUGUCGGAGGACCUGAGCGUCACCCCUGUCUAACUGUGGCUCCUGGGGGGGGAGAAGCAGAACCCCGGAACAGACCGCACAGAUCAACACUACUGGAGACGGCAGCCAUUUUGACCAAAUAAUUUUCACUCCCUUUUGUCUAUUCAUUGUUUUAUUUUAUACAGUUUUGGUGCAACUGAUACAUUCUAGUUAGCGUAGGCAAUGAGAGAAUUAUAUGAAAGGCACAGUAGCAGGAAAACACAACAGUUUACAGACCGGAAGAGAUGCUGCAUUGCCAGGAGACAGGUGGUAUGUUCUCUUCCUGAUGUGGAAUAUGACACAUCCCAUGAAGGCUGUCACUGGCACAGAAGCACAUCCAAGCCUCAGUGGGUUUCUAGGCCCUUGCUGGAUUCAUCUGCACAGUGUCUCCUCUGCUUCGGGGCUCUUUUGUUAGUCCAUUCCUUUCUUCUCCGUUUCUACCAUUACCUUUUUUAUCCCAACAACAAUCCUCUACCCUUGAGCCCAUAACAUGCUCUCCAUCCAGAGAGAGCACUACAGCUUGACCCUGUGCGCCUCUCAACGGUGCGUCGUGUGGGGGGGGGGUGUUUGGUUCGUCACUGAAACGAUGGAUAAUAAAGUUGUAUUGUAGGUUUACACUGGGAUUGACUGCUAAAUCAAUACUGUGAAGACAUAAGAAUCUCUGGUUCCCCUAUGCAGGUGAUGGUAAGGCAGAAAGGAGAAUUACAUUGUGCGAGGAUGCUAAGACGGGUACAGUCUAGACUAGUGUAGGAGCUCCUUGCGAUAAUUAUAAUGACUUGUCACCUACAAGGUGCAUGACCAAUGUCAUCUCGUUUAGUAUUGUCAGUUAUUUUGUAGAUAGUGUUUAAAUGUAGUAAUUUCCACACUUAUUUUCUUAAUACUAUUGUCUACUAAUACUUUACCCUCUCUACGUGCAUUUAAUCAAACGGCGGCUAUUCUCACUUUUUACUGAGGGUUUUCGAGAAACCUACAGCAGAUCAUGUGGUAGGAAGUCCUCUGUGUCCAUACUACUGAAUUUCACCUUGGCAACACCAAAAUAUGAUAUACUAUUAUUUGACAUUGGAAUUCCUUAAACUGGACUAACUUAGUACAUUUGUAGCAAUUAUACUUCAUUUCUAAAAAGUAUAUUUGUUUGUCUUGAACACUACAGGUUUGUACUGUACCUCCUCCACCCAGCAGGGGGCAGCAUCCUCAUAUGAAAUACCAAAUAGUUGAGGGCUUGUUUGCCAUUGACUUUUUUGAUUUCUCAGUAUUUAUGUUAUGAGCUGCAGUUAAAGUGGUACGGUUGCUGAUGUACAUGUUAGCUUAUUACACUGAAAUAAACAUUGUUUACUGGAUAUUUUUGGUUACGAUAAUGUCCUGUGUUUCCAAUGAUGUAGGCUACAGUCAAACACAGUGACACUUUGUGGACAAGUGGACAAGCCUUGAAGCCUAUAUAUUAAUUACAGUGAAGAAACCCCCUUUCACCUGACUCUACCUGGUAAAAUACAAUCUUCCCCAACCAAAAUAAAAAAUUAUAAAACA